AUGCCGCCCUACUGCGAGCUCGCCAUCGAGGCCCUGACCAACCUCAAGGAGCACUGCCCUGACUGGGCCAAGCGGCUCGACGAGCUUAGCAGCCAGAUAGAACAGAGGCAGAUCGACCUGGCCGAGGUCGCAGAGCAGCACUCCUCAGGCUGCCUGGACCCCAAUGGCCGCCCACAGUCAACCAAAUCCGUGCGGAACCGCGGCUCCACCCAGUCGCUCAAGCCCAACGAUGACGGGGAGGCACAUCCCGACUCGCCGGCCUUGGUCAGGGUAGUGGAGAACAAGAAUGCCGCGCACGAGGCACGGCGAGCGUCCGUGGCAUCCAGGGGCGGCGUUGACAGGCCGCACAAAGACCAGGACUCGAGCAAUGGGAAACCACCUUUGAGCCAUACUGCUGUCGAAGGACAGACAAACCAGGUCAUCGCACUUGCCACGGCUCAAGCGCGGGCGACGCUUCGGAGGACGCAACUGAGCAAGAAACGCGCUGCCGCCGCUGAGUCGAUGCUUUCGGCUGAGGGUGCCACGCCCAGCAAGUAUCGCAACCGCAAUCUCGUCUUGGUGUACUAUGAUAGCUACGUGCAAUCCUUCUUCGAGGAGCUGGUCAAGUUCGUGAGUGCGAGCCGUAACCUGAUGCGCAAGGCCAAGAUGGCCGCCAAGGUCGCCCAAAUCAAGAAGAUGGCGGAGCUAGAGGUGCCGGACGACGGCUCGUCGGCAUCAGAAGAAGAGCCUUCCUGCAAUGGGAGUACGAGUAUGGAUCUCGAUCCGCCACAGCUGGCGAGUCCCAAGGACAUGUCACCUGCAAUAACCGGCGGGAUGAGAGUGGACCUGCUCGGCGGAAAGGUGGAGGCUCAGGCAGAUGCUACUCAAAGCACACCAGAUCAGAACAUGAAGAACGGGUCAUCGCCCACCAUCAGUCCUAGUCGGUCGCCCCACGCGCGCGCAUCGAUGGCCACAAAUGGUUAUGGCAAUGGCAAUGGCCAUAAGCUUCCAUCGCAACCCCUCAAGCCCAGCUCUGUACCUGCCGCGCGACCCAAGCUCGGUGGUGGUUAUUCCUCAUUCUCCUCUUUUGGACUGGGCCUCGGGGACCCUCAGCAGCCCGAUGUCUUCGAUGACCUGGAUAAGAGCCUCGAGUCCGUCCAAUCCAUGUGCGAGCACGCGGCGCACCAGUUCCUGAGGGAUGGCGACUGCAGCGACGAGGUCGUCAAUAUCAAGGAUCGGCUCGGUGGGACCAAGACAUCGGCGGAGAACGAAAUACAGCGCAUCCUGGAUCGUGACGACUCCCUCAAGGCCAAGCUCAGCGAGGCGCCGAUUCGAGCCAGGAGCUACCGCCCGCAGAGUAUGAGACGGGGCGCCAGCCUUGCAUCUGCAAAUCCGACUGCUGGGAGAGGCAGUGGCGAGGCUGGAAGGGUUAUUAGCGGAGGCUUCGAUGGCAACAGACUCGCACCGGAUCCAGAACCGAGCCCAUUUGGAGGAUCUGGCGGGAUGUUGGAAGUUGAUGAUGGGAGUGAUGAAGGCGAGAGGGAGCCACCAAAAUUACAGUAUCGGUCAACAAGAGCGAUGGGCGCGCUCAAAACCGUGUCUCCAGGAGCGUGA